UCUAUUUGACUUUUACAAUUAUUUUGGUAUUAGGACAGAUGGCCUAGGAAGGUUAAAAAUGGCUUUUUAAUUAGGAAUGGGUGGGGAAUGCCACCAACCUGCAUGAGCCCGCCCCCUACGUCACGUUUCCGGUGAGUCUUUUUUCCUGGACAGACUGCGCUGGUUGGGUUAUAAAUUACGGGCAGAGAGGCAAGACCGCAACAAUACAAGACCACUACUACCUCGAACAGCUACACCAACAGAUCUUAUAGCCAAACAAACUUUGACUAUAAUUUUCUCCAUAUAAUUAUUUUGUUUAGGUUUUAAGGUACACUCAGGGCGCACAAUGGCAGAAAAGAUAGACAUGAAGGGGAAGGCAUCCAACGGAGAGGCGCAUCUCGAUGAGCAGGUAGCCAACGGAUUCGGCCACAAGAAGUGUUCCAACGAGACAACGGCAGAGAAAAUCAAGAGGCUAGUCAUGGCCAACUUGCUGGUGAUUCUCACCGUGGCCGGGGUGAUCAUCGGGGUGUUCAUCGGACUUGGUGUGCGCCACAUGGAGCUGAGCAGGACACAGGUCCUCUACGUGGGCUUCCCUGGCGAGCUGCUCAUCCGGCUGCUGAAGAUGAUCAUCAUCCCCCUGGUCGUGUGCAGUCUGGUGUCCGGGUCGGCCAGCAUCGACCCCAAAGCCCUGGGCAAGCUGGGUGGCUGGGCCAUGCUCUUCUUUUUGGUCACCACCUUAAUUGCAUCAGCCAUCGGGGUGAUCAUGGCGUUCAUCAUCUCCCCCGGAUCAAACACCGGCUCCAAGCCGAUUUUGUCGGAUGACGGUGAGCUGCCUCAGGCCAAAGAAGUGGUGGACUCAUUCUUGGACCUGAUCAGAAACAUCUUCCCCUCCAACUUGGUGUCUGCAGCUUUUCAGUCUUAUGCUACCAGCUACAAGUUUGUGACCAAGAAUGGCACUAAUGGCUUGCCCAACAUCACAGUUGAGAAGGUUCCCUUUGGCACAGACCAGGACGGUAUGAACAUCCUAGGACUGGUGGUGUUUGCCAUGGUGUUUGGUGUAGCCCUGAGGAAGCUGGGAGAGGAGGGAGAGAUCCUCAUCAAGUUCUUCAACUCCUUUAACGAGGCCACCAUGGUUCUGGUGUCCUGGAUCAUGUGGUAUGCCCCCCUUGGUAUCAUGUUCUUGGUGGCAGGGAAGAUCGUGGAGAUGGAGGACGUGGGAACGCUGUUUGCCAGCCUGGGCAAGUACAUAGCCUGCUGUAUCAUCGGCCACUCCAUCCACGGCCUGCUGGUCCUGCCAGGCAUCUACUUUAUCAUCACCCGCAAGAACCCCUACACCUUCCUGUGGGGCAUCUUCACAGCUCUGGCCACAGCCUUUGGAACCUGCUCCAGCUCUGCCACCCUGCCGCUGAUGAUGAAGUGCGUGGAGGAGAAGAACGGCGUGUCGAAGCACAUCAGUCGUUUCAUCCUGCCCAUCGGGGCCACAGUGAACAUGGACGGUGCAGCGCUCUUCCAGUGUGUGGCUGCAGUCUUCAUCGCUCAGCUCAACAACAUCCCACUAAACUUCAUCCAAGUCUUCACCAUCCUAGUGACAGCCACAGCGUCUAGUGUGGGAGCAGCAGGGAUCCCUGCGGGGGGUGUGCUGACACUGGCCAUCAUCCUGGAGGCAGUGGGACUGCCCACCAACGACAUCUCCCUCAUCCUCGCUGUCGACUGGCUCGUUGACCGUACCUGCACCGUUCUGAACGUGGAGGGCGACGCCUUCGGAGCCGGGCUGCUGCAGUGGUACGUGGACCGCUCUGCCAAGCCCGAGGAGGGGGCGGAGCUAAGUGAGGUAAAGAUGGAGGAUGACAAGCCCGCUCUGCAGGAGCAGGAGCCCCUCAUCGAGGAGAAGAAGAGCAGGGGUGCGGGCGGCGAGAAGGCGGCAGCUCGCAUCUCUGAGAACGAGUCGGUCAUGUAGAUGGUUCACCGCUAUGUCAUCGACGACCAUCCGUUUGACCCCUCAAUCCAGCAUCUCCAUACGUGCUCCC